CGCCCGCAGCCGAGGAGCCGAGGCCGCCGCGGCCGUGGCGGCGGAGCCCUCAGCCAUGGCCUCGGGCGACACUCUCUACAUCGCCACGGACGGCUCGGAGAUGCCGGCCGAGAUCGUGGAGCUGCACGAAAUCGAGGUGGAGACCAUCCCGGUGGAGACCAUCGAGACCACGGUGGUGGGCGAGGAGGAAGAGGAGGAGGACGACGACGAGGACGGCGGCGGCGGCGACCACGGCGGCGGGGGCGGCCACGGGCACGCCGGCCACCACCACCACCAUCACCACCACCACCACCACCCGCCCAUGAUCGCGCUGCAGCCGCUGGUCACCGACGACCCGACCCAGGUGCACCACCACCAGGAGGUGAUCCUGGUGCAGACGCGCGAGGAGGUGGUGGGCGGCGACGACUCGGACGGGCUGCGUGCCGAGGACGGCUUCGAGGACCAGAUCCUGAUCCCGGUACCCGCGCCGGCCGGCGGCGACGACGACUACAUAGAGCAGACGCUGGUCACCGUGGCGGCGGCCGGCAAGAGCGGCGGCGGCGGCGGCUCGUCGUCGGGUGGCGGCCGCGUCAAGAAGGGCGGCGGCAAGAAGAGCGGCAAGAAGAGUUACCUCAGCGGCGGGGCCGGCGCGGCAGGCGGCGGCGGCACCGACCCAGGCAACAAGAAGUGGGAGCAGAAGCAGGUGCAGAUCAAGACCCUGGAGGGCGAGUUCUCGGUCACCAUGUGGUCCUCAGAUGAAAAAAAAGAUAUUGACCAUGAGACAGUGGUUGAAGAACAAAUCAUUGGAGAGAACUCGCCUCCUGAUUAUUCAGAGUAUAUGACAGGAAAGAAACUUCCUCCUGGAGGAAUACCUGGGAUUGACCUCUCAGACCCCAAACAACUGGCAGAAUUUGCUAGAAUGAAGCCAAGGAAAAUUAAAGAAGACGAUGCUCCAAGAACAAUAGCUUGCCCUCAUAAAGGCUGCACAAAGAUGUUCAGGGAUAACUCUGCCAUGAGAAAACAUCUGCACACCCACGGUCCCAGAGUCCACGUCUGUGCAGAAUGUGGCAAAGCUUUUGUUGAGAGCUCAAAACUAAAACGACACCAACUGGUUCAUACUGGAGAGAAGCCCUUUCAGUGCACAUUCGAAGGCUGUGGGAAACGCUUUUCACUGGACUUCAAUUUGCGCACACAUGUGCGAAUCCAUACUGGAGACAGGCCCUAUGUGUGCCCCUUCGAUGGUUGUAAUAAGAAGUUUGCUCAGUCAACUAACCUGAAAUCUCACAUCUUAACACAUGCUAAGGCCAAAAACAACCAGUGAAAAGAAGAGAGAGAAGACCCUUCUUGACCACGGGAAGCAUCUUCCAGAGUGUGAUUGGGAAUAAAUAUGCCUCUCCUUUGUAUAUUAUUUCUAGGAAGAAUUUUAAAAAUGAAUCCUACACACCUAAGGGACAUGUUUUGAUAAAGUAGUAAAAAUUAAAAAAAAAACUUUAAUAAGAUGACAUUGCUAAGAUGCUCUAUCUUGCUCUGUAAUCUCGUUUCAAAAACACGGUGUUUUUGUAAAGUGUGGUCCCAACAGGAGGACAAUUCAUGAACUUCGCAUCAAAAGACAAUUCUUUAUACAACAGUGCUAAAAAUGGGACUUCUUUUCACGUUCUUAUAAAUAUGAAGCUCACCUGUUGCUUACAAUUUUUUUAAUUUUGUAUUUUCCAAGUGUGCAUAUUGUACACUUUUUGGGGAUAUGCUUAGUAAUGCUAUGUGUGAUUUUUCUGGAGGUUGAUAACUUUGCUUGCAGUAGAUUUUCUUUAAAAGAAUGGGCAGUUACAUGCAUACUUCAAAAGUAUUUUCCUGUAAAAAAAGUUAUAUAGGUUUUGUUUGCUAUCUUAAUUUUGGUUGUAUUCUUUGAUGUUAACACAUUUUGUAUAAUUGUAUCGUAUAGCUGUAUUGAAUCAUGUAGUAUCAAAUAUUAGAUGUGAUUUAAUAGUGUUAAUCAAUUUAAACCCAUUUUAGUCACUUUUUUUUCCAAAAAAUACUGCCAGAUGCUGAUGUUCAGUGUAAUUUCUUUGCCUGUUCAGUUACAGAAAGUGGUGCUCAGUUGUAGAAUGUAUUGUACCUUUUAACACCUGAUGUGUACAUCCCAUGUAACAGAAAGGGCAACAAUAAAAUAGCAAUCCUAAAGAAAGAAUAUGGCAGAAAAAGAUCUGUAAGCACAGUCUUAUUUUCUUUUGUUGUCCAGAAUACUUAUAAUUCUUGAGCCUCCCAGAAAUUGGAAGCUAAAUAAAGCAACUCAAGUUUCCUUUAUUUUGCACUCAAUUACAGUGAUUUGUGAUUAAAGCGAUGCAUGACUAUUUUAAUACUUCCUAUAUGUCCUGAAUUCUGAAAGUGAAUAAGUAACAGGCAUCUCAAGUUAAGGAGCUACCUCAGAGUACCCCAUACCAGGCCAUUGGUGGUAGGAUGUGAUUUUAACCUGUACCUGCAAGUGUGUGGGUGAAGCAUCUGUGUCUUGGCCUGAGUGCCUCCCAAGGUAAGGUGUUAGCUGGCAAUGGGGGAGCACAGAGGGAAGACCAGGCCUUUCCAUCACCUGGGCUGCUUUCAGAGGGAGCUCCAGGGGUCCUUAGCUUGUUUAACAGGAAAUGAUUACGGUUGUUGGUUAUUUGGAUUGAGAGCCUUUGUUCCUCCAUCUGGUGGAGACCUUAUUAAAUGCUACACAAAUAUGGCAGUUGAGCGCCAGUAGCUUAAUUUCAUGCUUCUAAAUGGAUACUGGGUGCAGAUUAUUAGGAAGCUGUGCUCAAUGAGUACUUUAUCUCUCAUAUUGUGACCUCUUAAAUAUACGAUUAUAAUUUUGGACUUUACUUAGGGUCAAAUAUCAGAUUUACCGAAUAUUUUAUAAAAUACCAUGAUACAGCAAAUUCCAUUUAUUUAAAAUGCAAACAUGCUAAGUGUCUUUUGUGCUAUGUAUGCUUGACUCCACAAGUUAAAUGACUCCACAAGUUAAAUGACAGACUACUAAUACCAGAUUUAUUUACAAAAUGGCCAGAAUACCAUCAGCUCAGACAGGUAGCCUGAUCUCUUACAGCUUCUCCAUUGGUCCUGUACAGGUGGAUGGGUGACCUAACAACAGUGACCCUAUGGCUCUGUGGAAUUUUGAAGUGCCUUUUGAAUCAUGAAUGAAAAAUACAACUUGAGGCUCUUUUUCUAUUUGUCCAGAAUCUGUUGUCCAUUAGUAGUUUGAUGGAACAGAGUUAAUCAGAAGACCCCAGGUAUUCUCUGCAUAUGCCAGGCUUUGCUAUAUCUGGCAUUCAGGAGAGAGGUAAGCCCAUGGUAGAGAUCCCCUCACAGAUAUACGCCCCAAUGAGAACAUGGGAUUAGCUGACAAGACUUGGGCAAAGGAUUCCCUGCCCACUGUCAGGUUGAGCAGUCUAGGUGUGGCUGUACUGAAAUGCUAUUCCAGUUGGUUCCUGUAUUGGGUACAGAGCCAUAUUGCCCUUGCCCAGCAUUAUGCUGCACUGAUGCCUGGCACUGUUCUCAGGACCUUGCCCAAGGGCCCACAGCAGAGCAUAUCUGUGCUGUGGAGAAGUCCUGCCAGCAGCCCUGGGAGCCAUGCCAUGACUUGCAGGAGCCAGGCUCCUGGUGGAAGGAGGCCUCUCUUCCUCUGUGCCUUGAUCCCUUGGGGGAUGCCUUUGGUCAUCUCUUCCGUCCCUUUGUGUCUCUGAGUGGAAUAGUCAUCACUCCCUGGACUCUUUCUCUGUUCACAUGUCUUCUCAGUCUGCAGAGUUAACUUCUGUUAAGGAGUUUAAUCUGGGAUUCAAAGCAAACGAUGUUCCUUGUUCACAUAGCACUCUGAAUUUCCAUCAGUUAGUCUAGGAAACUAAUAAAUGAGCAACACUAUAAAAAGUAGAGGUAGUUUUCACUGGGGGUUAGCUUAAACCCAUUUGCUUGUGUUUAGAAUUUAUAAUUUUGCUAAAGAUAUAAUGUACUAAAAUUUGAAAUGUUCUAACAGUGAGUUCUUUGUCUUGAGGAUUAAUUUAUAAGUAAGACUGAUAGACAUAUUUUCUUACAUCUGAGCAGAAAUAAAUGCAUGUUUCUAGCAUAUGUAAUAUAAUAACUCCAGAGGAUAAGUUUACACUUAAGGAAGAUGUUGUUUUCUAUUUUUGAAUCCAUUAUUUCCACCCUUUUUGGUAGUAGGGUUAGGAAGGGGGAACAAAAUAUUUGUAUAAAGAACUGUCACCCCAGAGUGACAUUUAUUUUCCAGAACUCAUGCUGUUGGUUUCAUAUGGUGUUUAUGUGCUUUGCCUAGACUCAAGACCUGAAGGUCUGGGGAAAAUCGAGAUUUUUUUUCUAUUUGGUUUAAUGUACAAGUUCUUCUAAAUGUCCUUUAUUUUGCUAAAUAAUACCUCUUAGUGAACAGUUUGGCAUUGCCUGCCCAUGUUUCUAAGCAGAGUUCAAGUUCAUUUAUUUACAAAUAGGUAAGUCACUUCAGUCAGCAAGAAACCUGUCAAGUUGUUUGAGAGUUGUUAACAUAGGUUUGUUGCUACCCAUUAUCAGUUGUUUGCACUCUGCCUGACAAAACCCACUUACUUUACUGUUCCUCAGAUCUCAGACCUAAAAUAAGUUUUUUGAAUUAGAAACCUAGUAAUUCUGUCAACCCCUAUCCCCACUACAGGCAGAAAGAAGCGAUCACUUCCUUUGUGACUGACUCCUGUGUAAUUUGCAAUCAGCCAUGGCUUAGGACCUCCGUAUUAAAUCUUUACUGCCGUAAGUUACUUCUAUUUUCUUGACAUCUAACCACCAGUGGGAGCAAAGAUCCCAGAUUCCAAAACUAGUAUGAGCAGAAGCUGCUCACAGUUGUAUACUUGAUGGCAUGCUGGUACCAUGAAGCCUUCUCUGCUGGCCUGCCUCAGCUCCUUGACUGUCACUGGAUUGCCUUAGACUUCUGGCCAUGGAGGACAUUUGUGUCCCUUUGUUCCAGCUUCCUUAGCAUUUGUGUGAUUGUAGUGCUGCUUCAGAAUUCAGGCCCAGAAGGUCCUUGCAGGUGCAUGCCACCCAAACUUUUAACCUUGACGUGGGGGAAGAAUCUGAAACUCAAAGCUGUACUUUCUUGCACUUCCAGUCAUGCACUUCAUAGCCUGCUCUUUUGACUUUACAGAAGGGAUCCUAUGCCCUCGGAAUCACUCUUAACCUGCACAGCAGCAUUUGGCUGCUGGCUAGGUGUCAUUCACUUUAAAUUAGAGACCUUUGGUUUAUCUUGUUACUGCUCAGACUGGGUACAGAUUCCCUGGUUACCUGAGGUGGUUUACGUACAGGUCCCUCAGACGCGGCAUCAGUUAAAAGGGCUGGCCUUGCCCACAGAAGGGCAGAUCCAGGACUAAGGCUUUCUGGCACCUGCCCGAGGCCUGAAUGGUCAGUAUGGUGCUAGAGAGGAUCUUUAAGCUAGGACCGGUUGGAGACGUGGUGGAAAAGGGAUGGGUGGUGUGUUACUGAAGUAUAUUAGUACUCCUUAGAAAAACUGGAAGGGAAUGUUGAAGUACAUUGGCAUGAGGUCAGCAGGCAAAUAAAACCUCCCACAAACUGGGUGCAUGCCUAUGCCAAAUGGAGGGCUCUGACUAUGCUGGGCAUCCUAGCCAGCCCUGAUGGUUCCAGUUAGUAUUCUGGGAGUCUGCAGAGGGUGAGUAUGGCGGUAUCUCAUUCAUCUGAAGCACAAAGUGACAAGUUUGAUUAAAUUGAUCGCUCUUCAUCAGACAGCCACUGUAAACCAUUGGGGUAUUGGUAAGAGCAUUUUGCUAUGGUCUGUUCUGUUUGUUGCAUACAUUAUGGAGGGGGAAAGGGCAUCAAUACCAAACAGGAAAGCCUUUUCUCCAAUAUCCAUACCUGUUAAUGAGGCUCUGUUAUCUCCAGGUGAUGAGAAAAACUAUGUUUUUAUUCACUUUCCGAUAACUUCUAUAGGCCCUGGCUCAAGGACUUCGCAUUGUGUCUCAUGUACAUCUUUUUUGUUAAGUGUUCUUCGCCAUUUUUGGAAUUGUCCUUGGUUUUUCCUUAGCUCAUAGGUCAUAGACACAAAUAUUAUAGUGUUUAAGGCAUCCGCAUCAAGCGUCAGAUGGCUUUGCAUCCAGAAAAACAUUGAUAACUCAGUUUGAAGCACCAAGCAUGUGUAACAUGGCUCUAUAAAAUAUAAUAAAUGCAUAAUGUUAAGCUUU